AUGGUGCGUUGCAAAAACGAGAACUGCCGCAAGGUCAUGAAUGUCAUGAGCUUUGCGACAUGGCUGCCGCGCCAGGCACGCAUUGGCCGACUUUGCACUCCUUUCCAGCUCUUGACCCUAUUGAGAGCUUGGACUGCAAAUGGUCUUCGCAAAGCUCCUUCGGCAUAUCAGCUUGGACGUUCAGCUGGUCUUUCCUACAAGCCAUGCAAACGUGUGAUUGACACGCUGCGUGCACUGGAGGCCAAAGAAGGCUUGCGAUGCAGUGCUGCCACGCGGCCCGGCGGAGUUUGCGAAGUGGAUGGCACAUCGCUGAGAACUCUGCGCGUGUACCCCAGCAGCGUGCGCUUCCAGCACCUGAUCCGUGAGUGGCGUGAGAAGAACCCAGCAGUGCCCAGGCCUGUGUACUGGCUGUUGCACGUACGCUUGCUAGGAGUUGUGCAGCGGUCGGACUCGCGCAAACUGUGCGUGGCCCUUGCUGAGCAAAAGUUGGUGAAGCCAAAGGCUGUGCCACCGACAGAAUCUAAGAGGGAGAUUCUGUCCUCGGGCUUGCUCAAACGAGUGAAGCCAGGAAGCAGUCUGAUGGCAGACGGAGCUGCGGCAUGGAGUGCUGCUGCUCGCACAUUGUCCGCGAAGCGGUUCACCGUGCAUCAUGUGAAGCACUCACGGGCCCAGUUCGUGAAACGUGUGCCUGCGUGCCAACGUACCCUAGGGACUCAGACCUUAGACAGAGUUUGGGAUGUGCUGAAGCGUUACAUUCCCAAGGAGAUCUCUUCCAGGAAGAUCAAGCAUGGCCGUUUUGAUCUUUUAGACUACGUUUACUCCUGUCUCUGGAGAAGACAGGCAAAGCAAAUGCCGCUGCUGCAAGAGCUCGGCAAACUUUGCCGUGACAGCUGA